AUUCUUAGAAAUGAAAAAGAGAAGUUCAGACUUCGAGUGAUUGCCAUUUCCUAAAGACUUGAGUAGGUACCCAGGUACAUUCCCAAGGUACGCAAUGGCCAUUGGACAAUCCAAUUGGUUUCACAAAUUUAGCGCCGGGACCACCCAGCUACUCCACACAGUCCACCGCAACUUCAGCGCGGGCCUCAAGCUGGCCAUCACUAGGGCAACUGUGGUCUUCUUAUGCGGGUGCACAAUGUAAACAAAUGGAUCCUCCCUCUUGUUGCAUCAAUUGAUCUCUCCAUCAGACCCCUGCUUAUACAUUCUACAUCUCUCAAAUCUUCACAUUCCUGAGAGAUUGAUCCUACCACACUUCUUUUCGUGGCGGAAUUGAUUUCCAGUUGAUUAACGAUAACCUAAUUUCGAGACAUUCUGAAUCGAUCGAUCGUCGAAUUUUCCUACACACGCGCCAACGCCAAGUUCACCGACAAUUGCAGACCAGAUAGUGUCCGUCGCCUUUUUGCAACAGCAUUUGGGGAGGAUGCCUGCGGCCACAGAUGGCCCGACAGUUGCACUGUCGUUCGCCAAUAAUUUCUGGGGCAAAGAUGACGCCGGCGUCGGGCCAUUGCUCGAUCGCAUGGCCUCUGCGAAGCAGACUAGCGACGAGCUCAGAUCUUUCUACGGCGCCCGUGCCUCCAUCGAAGAUGAAUACGCCCGAAAACUCAUGUCGUUAUGUCGAAAACCUCUAGGCACACACGAGAUGGGGAGUCUGAAGGGCUCACUAGAUACCGUGCGAGGAGAAGUUGAAUCUAUGGCCAAGCAGCAUGCUAGCAUCGCAUCCCAGAUGAAGAGCGAAUUAGAAGAGCCUCUUGCUGCCUUCGCCGGUGGAAUGAAGGAAAGACGCAAGAUCAUCCAAAAUACGGUGGAGAAGCUUCUCAAGGUCAAGAUACAACAAACGAACCAGGUCAACAAAACCCGUGAUCGUUACGAGAACGAUUGUUUAAAGAUCAAGGGUUAUCUAGCCCAAGGACACAUGGUCAUGGGCCAAGAGGAGAGAAAGAAUAAGGCCAGGUUGGAAAAGACACAGAUCAGCCUUGCAACAUCCAACACCGAAUACGAAAACGCGGUCAAAGUUCUCGAAGAGACGACCGCUAGAUGGAACAGGGAGUGGAAGGCAGCUGCCGACAAGUUCCAGGACCUUGAAGAGGAGAGAUUGGAUUUUACAAAGAGCAGCUUGUGGACGUUCGCCAAUAUCGCAUCUACCGUCUGCGUUAGUGACGACGCGUCCUGCGAGAAGAUCCGAUUGUCUCUUGAAAAGAUGGAUGUCGAGAAGGAUAUAAUCCACUUCAUCAGCGAAAAGGGAACCGGCCAGGAAAUCCCAGACCCGCCUAAGUACAUCAACUUCUGUCGUGGAGACGUAGAAGAUCACCAUUCAGAAAUCUCCGAUGACGAUAAUUAUUCGGUGGCACAGUUCCCACGAAGUAUCAACCCUGCAUUCCGCACCUCUUCACCUCAACCAUCUACGUUCGAAUCACAUCACGAUCCUAAUUCGGCUCUCGCCCGAGACCUAGCACACGAACCCCCCGUGGCGGCCCCUGCACCCCUUGCUAGGGAGCCAGCCGCCAUCGCGCCACAAAAGGCCCCAGUGACUGCAUUGGCUCAGCAGGACCGCCGGCGAGGAAACGACUUACAACAAUAUCCGCGUGCUAUUAACCCCGGAUUCCGGGCUCCCUCACCCCAGCCCUCUACUUACGAGUCUCAUCAUGAUCCUAAUUCUUCGCUCGCUCGAGAUCUCCAACGCCGAGAUAGAGACCCCAAUCCCCCUGCUCCUCGAGACCUGGUGCCUCGGGAUCUAGUAGCUCGAGAUACCGCCCCUCGAGAUACCACCCCUCGAGAUAUUCCUCGAGAUAUUCCUCGGGAUAUUGCUUCUCGGGAUAUCGCUCCUCGUGACAUUACUCCGCGGGAUGUUGUUCCUCGAGAUAUCGUCCCUCGAGGCCUACAACGUAAUGAUCCUCCUCCUUCCUUCUCCCGAGAUUUACAACGCAACGAGCCCACUUCCUCAUAUUCGCGAGAUAUCCAACGUCAUGAACCCGAGUUAUCUCUUUCUAGGGAUCUACAGAGGCAAGAUCUCCAGCAGCGACAAGACUUGCAACGCGAAGAGUUGCAACGCCAGGAGUUGCAACGUCAGGACCUACAGCGCCAGGACCUGCAGCGCCAAGAUCUACAGCGUCAAGAAUUGCAACGUCAUGAUCCUAUUUCCCCAGUCACUCGAGAUCUGCCGCGCAAUGAGCCCCCACCACUCUCCAACAGAGAUCCAGUCGGGCAGACACAUAAAACCUCAGGAUCUAUCUCGGGGUCUGUUAUGACGCAAGGGGGCCGAAAGGGAAGUGCUGGAAUGCAACAGCAGCAGUAUGAUGCUUCUCAAUUCGCGCCUGUCCCUCACGACCCGUAUCCCCUGGACGGUAUGACGAUGCUUUGCCGCACAGAUGGUAUGAAUUCGGCUACGAGCUCGAAUAUCUCUGCACGGCCAUCAAGCCGCGAUGAUAAUAGCGAGUACUCGAACCCGACGUCCUUCUCUAGUCAGGAACCAGCAAGUGGCAAGGUAUCGCCCGCGAAACAGGAGCCGGAACCCGUGGUGGCGGCAUCGCCGGAAAAGCGCAUGAUGAAGAAAAAGAGCGGAUUUUUCCAGAACCACAGUCCCUUCCGCCGUAAGAGUGUCAAGGACGCACAGCAACCGGUACAAACAUCUAACAGAAACACCUGGGGUCCUGUAGCUUCCCGAACUCCCCAGGCUUCUCCAACUAAGGUCCAAACACAAGCUCAAAGUACGCCAAGUUCCCGACGCCCUGCCUUCCAGCCUCCGCAGCCGGCCCCAGAACCUCAGAGUAUAAUUCCGGAUAGAACGGAGAGGACAGCCAGCCCCGAUCCUAUCGACGCGAAUGCAAGCCUAGCGUUGAACAUAGGGCAGAACGUAUUCAAUGUUGCGAAUACCGAUAAGCGCAAUAAGGCGAGCGAUAGCGCUCCACCCGCACAAGAGGAAGAUCCCAUCGCCUUGGCCUUAGCAGAACUUAAGGGUGUUGCUGGCAACAAGCAAGCUGCAGGACGGAUCUCGGCUGAUCACUACCACGGACUUGCUACGCCUGUGCCUGAUCGAACCCAGAACAUGUCCCGUUCCGUACCUGCUCCUCGGGGAAGCAGUGAUGUGGCCGCCGCUGUAAGAGGCACUCCACCACCGUCGUAUGACCAGCAAGUCACCGCAGUGCAGCGACUGGGAGUCCCACCUCCCGCGGUUACAUCUAAGGCGAUGCAAGAAGCAUCCCGAAAGUAUGCGGAGCAGACCAGAGACAUGUUCAACGCUAAGCGCCCCGGAUCCGGAGCGUAUACUAGUGGUACACAAUCCUCCAAAUUUUCACGGCCCGGGACUAGGGGCAGUGAGAUGCCUCGCGCAACAUCACCGGCGGCUCCGCGCGCUACUUCCCCCCGACCUGGAAUGUACCAGGACACACGUCAAAGUCACCGUUCAGUAUCGCCGAACCCAUACAGUGGCAGUCAAACGCGAAACUCGCCGGCAGGUUCGCCCAGCUCGUACGGCGGCACUCGAAACUCGCCGCAGCCAGCGUCGCCGGUUUCGCCCAUGUCGUAUGGUGGUGCUCGACAGCAAGCUUCGCCACAGCCCGCCAUGUCUGUCAAGCGAGGAUCAGACCAAGGAUACUACAGACAAAACAACUCGUCGGCUAACUCGAUAAGGGCAACUUCUCCAUCUCCUUACAGAGGCGAUUAUAGCCGCCCGACUAGUAGAGCUGGCGAGAUGGCUAUGCAGCUUGCACCGGUUGGCGGAGACGGAUCCGUCUACGGAUCGAUGCGAGGACGGGGCAAUGGCAGACCGGAAACCAGUUCUAGCUCAAGGGGUAUGACGGGAGCCAUGACUUUCUACGACGGACGAGACCCUAUAGCAGAGAGCUCGAGACAGCGCAGUAAGAGUGUGGCGGAUCCGAGUCGACAAUACACGCCAGAUGGUCGAGCUAUUUUGCAUUACGCUCGAGCAUUGUACAUGUACCAGGCGGCGAUCCCCGAGGAGCUUGGCUUCGCCAAAGGCGAUGUCUUGGCCGUUCUUCGACACCAGGACGACGGAUGGUGGGAAGCUGAGAUUCACUCUGGACAAGGUGUUGGUAGGGGUGGAUUAGUGCCUAGUAAUUAUCUGCAACCAUGUUAAAACGGCUUGAAAAGGAAAGGGGUUUGAUCUUGGUUGACGGCGGUUGACGAAACAAAGGUUGAUGUGCAUACAUAUGUUAAAAGGGGAGACAUGAGCACAUAUGUACGAACAGGACGACGGGAUGGUGGAUGAUUUUUUUUUUGUUCUUCUUUUUCUUUUCUUGCUUGAUCAAGGCUGUUUGCCAUGACUUUUGCUACUUUUGCUUUAGCAAGUUUGGCUGUGCGCGUUUGGGGAUGCAUUCCGACAGUGUAAGUCAUUAUACAUUGCCUAUCCGGCAGUGUCAUUAAAGGAUUUCGGAGUUGAUAUGAAAUUGCAUUUGAUACAUAAUUGAACUUGAUAACCUUUUACGUAUGGCACCAGAGAUGAUUCCGUGAUGUUGAAUAUUGAGUUGUCGAAGUCCAAAUUAUAUUUAAACAUUACGAUAAGAUUCAUCUAUAACCCCAAUGACAAAAUUAUUUCGGCAAAUCAGUAUCGCUGCUUCCAUGUCCUUAGAGCGACGAUGACGUCGAAAGCAAUUGCGGUUGGUUGGGGUAACAGUUAGGGCGGGCGCGAUAGCGAUAGGUACAAUACUAUGG